GCCCGCCUUUUCGGCUUGAGCGGCAGCGGAGUUUCCUUCCCGGCGGCUCCGGCGCGGCGUGAACAUGGCGGACCAGGCCAUCUCCUUCCUCAAGGACUUUCUGGCGGGCGGCGUCGCCGCUGCCAUAAGCAAGACUGCAGUGGCGCCGAUCGAGCGGGUCAAGCUCCUGCUUCAGGUGCAACAUGCAAGUAAACAAAUUGCUGCUGAUAAGCAGUACAAGGGCAUCAUCGAUUGUGUAGUGCGUAUUCCAAAGGAACAAGGAGUGCUGUCUUUCUGGCGAGGAAACUUGGCAAAUGUCAUCAGAUACUUUCCGACUCAAGCUCUCAACUUUGCCUUCAAGGAUAAGUAUAAGCAGGUGUUCUUGGGAGGUGUAGACAAGCACACUCAAUUCUGGAGGUAUUUUGCUGGUAACCUGGCUUCUGGUGGUGCAGCAGGAGCCACUUCCCUCUGCUUUGUCUACCCCUUGGAUUUUGCAAGAACCCGUUUGGCUGCUGAUGUUGGAAAAGCUGGCGCAGACAGAGAAUUCUCUGGUCUAGGAGACUGUCUAGUCAAAAUUACCAAGUCUGAUGGUGUGCGUGGCUUAUAUCAAGGGUUCAAUGUCUCUGUCCAAGGCAUCAUCAUCUAUAGAGCUGCCUACUUUGGGAUCUAUGAUACAGCAAAAGGCAUGCUCCCAGAUCCCAGAAAUACUCAUAUUGUUAUCAGUUGGAUGAUUGCCCAGACAGUGACUGCCGUGGCUGGUGUGGUCUCCUAUCCUUUCGAUACAGUUCGUCGUAGAAUGAUGAUGCAGUCAGGACGCAAAGGAGCUGACAUCAUGUACUCUGGAACAAUUGACUGCUGGCGGAAGAUUGCAAGGGAUGAGGGAGGAAAGGCGUUCUUCAAGGGUGCAUGGUCUAAUGUUCUCAGAGGCAUGGGGGGUGCAUUUGUGCUUGUGCUGUAUGAUGAAUUCAAGAAAGUCAUUUAAACAGCCUAACUAGAGUUUGAAAUCAAGUUGAGCAGAUCAUGUAGAAUAACAACCAUUAUGGACCAUUGACCUUCAAGAAAUUCCUGUGAGUCUUAUUUAUCAGAGCCCGAUGAUACUUGUAGAUGGGGCUGGAAACUCAAUUGAGGACUGAUCCACUUCUCAGUAAUGUGCAUGAAGACACUGAAUCUGGCAGUUCAGUGUGGUGAUUUUCUAUCUUUUUUUUUUCAGCAACAGCUGGCAUUGGUUCUAGGUCCAAAGUGGCUGGGUCCAAUUUAGGCACAAAAAAAGUAUGCCUGUGGAUCAGUCCCCAGUUUCAAGUCCUAUCUUCUAGGACCAUAAAAUUGUAUUUCAAAGUACUUGCUAACAAAUCAUGUUCUUUUCCACUUGUACUGAAGCACUAUAUACCAUUUUGCACAGCUGAACAUCUAGCAAUUUUGUUCUUAAAUUGGGGCAUUCUGCUGUAAAACAAUAAACAUACUUACUCUGUGUUGAAAUUAUUACAUAAAAGCUUUUGGAAAGCCUCUUUUGUUUGAAAACCUGUUUCAGAUAAUGGUUCCUCUGGUAAUGGUUCUUCUGAUACACUUAAACACUGCACUCUGUAACCAAAUAAGUUGACUUUUUUAAAAGAAAUAAUUGAAUGUGAGAACUUUACUGGGGGGAGGAGGGCAGGGAAGCAUGGGUCAUACUAAUAGAAAUUACUCCCAUUCUCUGUGCCUGAUAGUGUAUGAUGGGCUGCUGCUGCAAGUGGCUUUUUGCAUGAUGAGAAACUCAUUUGCAACUUCUAUUUUAAAUGAAGGGUUUUCUGUUGUAGUGCUAGGAGAACCCAAAAUCCCAAGGACAGUCAAAAAGUAAUGCCCUUGGUAAAACAGCUUAAAGUGAAUUUUUUAAGAAGUAAGAAUCAAUAUAGAAAGCAACAUGGCAUUCAUGCAAAAACCCAGGAACCUAGUAAAUGCCUUCAACUUCUGAAUAACCUGUGUAUUGUAUUGUUGCUGCUAUUUGAAAAUGCUGAUUGUGCCAUACAAGAUACUGUUUGGCCUGAUUUGUAGCAGUGAUCAGUCCCUCUGUGGAAAGUGAAUUUAAUCAAUUAAUGUUCAUUCCAAGAGGUGAAGUGGAGGGGUGGGGGGUGUGAGGGAAUACGUAUGCUUCUGCAUAGCUGUAAAAUAUAGAUCUAGGUAGGUCAGCCUUCAGUAUUAACAGGUUGAUGUCUGCUUCUGGGGAAGAAGUGAAUGAUUUCGCACACUGUUAUUCGAGAUAAUACCUAUGUGCCAUUCUUCCUAUGUGUAUAAUCUUACUUUUGUACUUUGUAAUCUGCAAAGACGUAGAGGGACCAGUAAAGGAAAAUAAGGUGUUCAUCCUCCAGUCAUAUUUUAAGAACUUGCCUUGUAUCUUAAGAAAGAAACAGUGUGUCACUGUAUGAGUCAUUGAAGGCUGACUGAUCUGUCUUUUGUGUGCCUUCUGAGGUUGCUGUUUCAGAUGAAGUAUUUAAAUGAA